GAAGGGUUGAAACAUAAUUAUUUAUAGUCUUUUUGUGACAUGGUUGUCAAUACAAGGACCUUGUUUUUACAUUACCGCUACCAAGACACAGUAUCUUGGACAGUUGUGCACGCAAAGUCUCUGACAUGUUUCGCCCUUAGAAGGAAGGAAGGAAGGAGGGAAGGAAGGAAAUUCACUUCAGAUGAUAAGCAAAACCAAGAUGCCAGAUCCAUAGAAAGUUGCUUCUUAAAAUAGGUAAUUACUAAUUACUCAGAGACCAAGAAGUAAUGGCGUCAGCAGAAGGGAAGGCUCCUUAUACAGCUAAUUGUUUUACUCAAGAUUUCCGGAUACCCCUCAAUUCACCUGAUCAUCCGAAAUCAGUUUCAAAAAAAUUAGUAUCUGAUUGGGUUCCUAGUAAUUCUAUUCAUGAAUAUCUGAAUUCUGACAAGGUACCGGAAAUGAAGUGGUGGCUGCAUGUGAAAAGUGACUUGGGGGAGGAAGCAAAUUAUACAUGUCAGCAUCUGAAUUCUUGCGAGUCUGAACUUGAUGAUGCCUUGUAUGCUGAAUUUCUAAAUGGCAGUGUCAAGAGUGGGGGAGAUAAACUGGCCAAAGACUUUGAUGCUCUUUCUAAUGUUGAAAGUGCUAAGGAGCAGCCUUGGCAUGUGUCUCCUACGUGUUUGAAAAACAACAAUACAAGAAUGCCAAAAAUUGAGGCUUCACUCAAUGCUGAUUUACAUUUUACUUGUAAGAAGAAAGAUCAAGAGGAGUUAUGUUUUUCAGACAGUCAUUUUAUGGAUUGUGAUAUUUCCAGUUUCUGGGUCUCUGAACAAGGUAAAAUGGCAUCUUCUGAUCUAGAAUCACAUCUGAUGGGAGAAGAGAAAUCUGGUCCUUGGUGGCGCACUGCUGGAAGAGAUGAGUUAGCUUCCUUGGUUGCUCAGAAGUCACUUGAGCAUAUUGAGAAUUGUGAUCUCCCUCAUCCCCUGACUAAGCAUGUUAGACAGAAACCCCCUUACACAAAGGGUGUUAACCAUGAUAAGGCUCCACCAUCAUCUUUGAACCAUAAAACUGAGUCUGGUUCUUCCAAUGCAGAUGGUUAUACAACUGGAAUAUCCACUUCUGACUAUUCAUUUCAGGAUUCAAACAAGAAUUCCAGUUCCAGCCAGAGCACAGAUUUUAGUUCUAGCAACAAAAGUUGUCAAAUGAACUCUGAGAACAGUAGUAGCAUGUCUGAGCUGUUGAAAGCUUUGUGUCACUCUCAAACAAGAGCAAGAGAGGCUGAGAAAGCAGCACAGCAAGCUUUCAGCGAGAAGGAGCACAUCGUGAGUCUCUUUUUUCGACAAGCUUCGCAACUCUUUGCUUACAAACAGUGGCUCCACAUGCUGCAGCUCGAGAACCUCUGCCUGCAACUCAGAAACAAAAACCAGUCAUUGAUAAACCUCUUUCCAGCACCCUUACCCUGGGCCCCAUACAGGGGAAUGCUGCUUAAGAAGAGUCACAGAAGUGGGAAGAGGAAGAAUAGUAACAGAAAAUGUGGGAUUACAAAGUGUGUUGUUGCUUUUGCAUUGGGUUUAGGCCUUGCUGGUGCUGGUUUGCUUCUUGGUUGGACCAUGGGAUGGAUGUUUCCACCCUUAUAAAGGACGUCUUGGUUUGGACAUUGACUAACAUUAAUCAAGUGCUUCUGCUAUGCUUUUCUGGAAUUGGAGUUCUCUUGUGCUGAUAAGAUUCACAGAAGUGUAUAUGUGAUGUUAUCCAUGUUUCCAUUACCAUCAUAUGUAAAUAUUCCUCAUACAUUUGAGACCAUUAGUUGUAUAUAUUUAAGAACAUAUAGUUUAUAAAGAUCCACCUAGUGAGAAAAGGUUUAGUUGCUAUUGUAGUGCAGAAAAAAUGUUUGGUAGAUUUCACAAAUGUUUGUUUUAAAUAUCAAAUGAACUUGUUUAAGUGUUUUAAGCACGCAGGUACGAGAUGAUUGUCAUAUACAUAUCAGAUGUAUUGGGGUUAUUUUGUUGGUAUUUAUCUGAGGACAUUUUAUAU